AUGGCGGAAGCAUCUUCUACAGCAACUACAGCUAAUCUACCUACAGAAUUAGAUCUUGCAUUUAUUAUUGAUGCUACAGGAAGCAUGGGAUCUUAUAUAAAAUCAGCUCAAGAGAAUAUGCGAAAUAUUGUUCAAGAUAUUAUUAUUAGUGAAAAAUGUUUAUUGAAUGUUGCAUUAAUUCUUUAUCGUGAUCAUCCACCUCAGGAUAGCACAUUUAUUAUUAAAGUUAAUAAUUUUACGGAUGAUAUGGAAGAGGCAAAGGCCAAUAUUGAUUUAGCGUCAGCUAGUGGAGGUGGUGAUGGUCCUGAAGCUAUGACGCCUGCAUUACAUGCUGCUGCACAUACUUUAUCAUGGCGAACAAAUGCAGUUAAAAUCGCUAUUCUUAUUGCUGACGCUCCUCCUCAUGGACUAGACGUUAACGGUGACCAUUGGCCUAAUGGUGACCCAUCGGGACACGAUCCUAUAGAAUGUGUUGCCUUACUUGCUGAACAUGGUAUUACGCUAUACACAAUUGGAUGUGAGCCAGCUGCAACUGUUUAUCGGGAUUUUCUCAUGGCACUUGCAUUUAAGACUGGUGGUCAAUAUAUACCAUUGGAUACUUGUGCUAAUUUAGCUUCGGUUAUUGUUGGUUCAGCUAAAGAAGAAAUCUCUCUUGAACGGCUAAUCGCUCAAGUACACGAAGAAGUUAUGCGUGAAGCUGCAUUACGUGGGGGUCCAGUCGAUGAAACGAAACUGACUCGACGUCUUCAUGAAGUGAUGGAAAGUGGAGGUGUUAAAGCACGCCGAGUGAAAAUGGAUAAUCAAGAUGGAACAAAAAGUAUUCCAUCAUUAACACCAACUGCCGAAUACCUUUCUACAUUGACCACAUUAAAAGAAGUACGAGACAAAUGGGUGGCUAACAAAUCAAUACCGACAGCUCCUGUUGCUCCUACACUCUUUGGAGGAAUAUUUGGUGCUAGUAAAACGCCAGCACCGACUUCAAUACGAACGAAGAAAGCACGCGUUCGUACACGUGUGAUCAAGAAGAAAUCUGUAAAAACAGGAAAAACAGCAACAAAAGUAAAAACCAUAGUCAAGAAGAAAAAAGCUAAACGAUCGGUUGGUCGUGGUAUUCGCCGAAGUACUCGUAUAGCAUUCCGUGGAAAUCAUGAAGAAGAAGAAGAAGAAGAAUCAACUGAGAAUGAAGAAAUGGAAACAUCAACACUACCUGCUGCAAAACCAGCCAAAAUGAUACCUCACAUAUCACAUAUAACUUUAGCAGACGAUGAAUUGCUUGAUGUUAGUCAAACACGAAGGCUUGUUCGUAAAUGUGUUGCUCGUAAUAAACUUAAAUAG